CAAGGCGGCCCGAGUGGCCGAGCCGGGCGCCGUGAGCGGGGCUGCCUCCAGCACCCAGAGGGCAGAGCCAGGGGCCUGUGCGCUGGGGACAGUGCUCGCGGGGCGCAGAGGCCUGAGCGCAGCCAAGACCCCGAGCUGGAGCAGCCGCCCAGGGAGGUGCCGCCGGGCACUGCGCCCUCCCGCCCACUGCGUCGGAAAGAGCGAGGCGGGAGCCGGGCGGCGGGGGGCGCUUGCCUUUACGUGGCGGACCCAGGUUCGAACCCCGGCGACCCACGGGGUCCCCGGAGUCCCCCCAGGAGUGAGCCCUGAGCACAGAGCCAGGGCCGGGCCGUAAGGGCGGGGCCCCACGUGACUGCGCCCACAUGACCGCGCCCACGUGACCGCGCCGCAGGCGGGCGGGGCGGGGCGGCGGCGCCGGGUGGUCCAGCGCGUCCCGGAGCCCGCGACAGACCGCGCCAGCCGCCACCAUGAUGUGCGGGGCCCCCACCGCCACGCAGCCCGCCACCCCCGACACCCAGGCCAUCGCCGACCAGGUCAGGGCCCAGCUGGAGGAGAAGGAGAACCGGAAAUUCAGCACCUUUAAGGCCGUGGAGUACAAGUCCCAGGUGGUGGCUGGAAGGAACUACUUCAUCAAGGUUCAGGUGGACGAGGACGAGUUCGCACAUCUCCGAGUGUUCCAGAGCCUCCCGCACGAGAACAAGCCCUUGGUCCUGUCCAGCUACCAGACAAGCAAAGCCCGGCACGAUGAGCUGACCUACUUCUAGGUGCAGCCGCAGCAGAAUCAGGCCCUGCCCCCGCCAUGUGACCCACUCCGAGUCACUCUGAUGCUGUGUUCCCUCGAAAUACCUAUUUUUUAAAUUUCUGCAAAUAA